CACAUACAAUGUAACGUAAUUUUAUGAAAGACACCCUAUUUCUAAAAUCAACUUAAUUUAAGUGCACAUUUGCAAUGAGACCCAAUAUUUUAAUUAUACAACAUUAAUAAAUAAUUAAUUAAUUACUAAUAUGUACAUAUGUUGUAGGAAAAUGCCACUUCAAUGAAUUUUUAGCUGCAUAAAAUUAUUGCAAGAAUAAUAUAUAUUCAAUUAGGAGAAUAUUAGACUGUGGUUAAUAUAUAAUUGAAUAAUAUAUGCUUGUGUAGGUGAAUGUUAGGUGCCUGACUGAAUAUAUAUUAUUCAAUCAGGCAAUAUAUAAUUGCCUAACGCGGGCAAUUUGAGAGAGGGGGUGUGGGUCUUAUGGGGGGUGUGAGGGCCCACACACCACUCUUUUAAUUAAUAAUAAAUAUAUUAUAUUUUAUAACAUUACCUUAUAUAUAUAUAUAUAAUUAAUCAAUCAGUUGGACAGGAGGUCAACCUAAAUCUGAUCUCCUGACUUUGAAGACAAGAAACCCAACCAACAACCGACAGUUGGUUUGCGAAUUAAGGUAGGUUAUUAAUUUCUUCACAUGCUCAGAGAGAAAAUCUUCAAGUCUCGUACAAAGAAAACCAUAAAUUAAAGGGUCGAUGAAACGAAACAUCAGAGAGAGAGAGAGAGAGAGAUGGCAGCGGCGGCGAAGAGCAAAGUUCUGAUUGUAGGGGGAACUGGGUACUUGGGGAAGAGGCUGGUGAGGGCAUCUUUGGCUGAAGGCCACGAAACCUACGUGCUCUUCCGGCCGGAGAUCGGCCUCGACAUUGACAAAGUUCAGAUGUUGCUGUCGUUCAAGCAGCAAGGAGCCAGGCUGGUCACUGCUUCCUUCAGCGAUCACAAGAGCCUUGUCGACGCAGUGAAGUUGGUGGACGUCGUCAUCUGUGCAAUCUCCGGAGUUCACUUCCGCAGCCACCAGAUUCUGCUCCAGCUCAAGCUCGUCGAUGCCAUUAAAGAGGCCGGGAAUGUCAAGAGGUUUCUUCCAUCCGAGUUUGGCACAGACCCUGCAAAAAUGGAGAAUGCAAUGGAGCCCGGCAGAGUGACAUUUGAUGAAAAAAUGGUGAUCAGAAAAGCCAUCGAAGUUGCCGGAAUUCCCCACACCUACGUCUCUGCAAACUGCUUUGCCGGCUACUUUCUCGGCGGUCUCUGUCAGAUCGGACACAUUUUGCCGUCAAAGGACCACGUCGUCUUGUUAGGAGACGGCAACCAAAAAGCGAUAUAUAUUGAUGAAGAUGACAUCGCCAUGUACACCAUCAAAACCAUCGACGAUCCUCGGACCCUAAACAAGACACUGUACCUCCGGCCGCCGGAAAACAUCCUUUCUCAGAGAGAAGUUGUUCAGAUAUGGGAGAAGCUCAUUGGGAAGGAGCUCCUCAAGUCGUCCCUCUCCAAGGAAGAGUUUCUAGCCCCCAUGAAAGAACUAGAUUUCGCAGAGCAAGUUGGAUUGACACAUUUCUAUCACUUCUUCUACGAAGGAUGCCUUACAAACUUCGAAAUCGGAGCUGAUGGAGAAGAAGCCUCCAAGCUUUACCCCCAAGUCAACUACACCACAGUGGUCGACUACAUGCAACGAUAUCUCUAAAACCCAUCCACCUUUUCAUUUUCAUUUUCUUUUCAUCUUUGUGUUACUCAACUUUCCAAAUUUUAAUUCCUUAAUUCUCUCUCUCUCUCUCUCCCUCUCUCUCUCUCUCUCUAUAUAUGUGUGUGUGUGUGUGUGUGUGUAUUAUGAUUUGCAAUGUUACAUGGCACUGAAUUUCUUA